AUGAUAGGCCGGUUCAGUAUAAGACCCGAGGCCGUCCUUUGGGACGCAUCUCACGAGCCAGAGCACCCAUCGCCAUCGACCGGUGUGCGUGAAGCCCAGGAGAAUGAUAUAAAGCACGAGUCUGAGGAGACGGCGGGCCGCAGGUCGUUACCAAUCCGACCUCUGCAGCCAGGGUGCUCUCACGGAGAACCAGCGGGCACUGUCAACUCGGAGAAUGGCGACGAGGACGACAUCGAGAUGCUUGGUUCUCCAGUUUCCGUUGACGUCUACCCUGACGACUUAGAGCCGCCGACCCAGGAGGAGCUCGAAGAGGCUGCCAAGGCGGUGUUUGAGAAAAUAUGGGAUGGCAAUCUGGAGAACGUCCCAGCCACCGCUAAUUACAAACCUGCCACAGCAUCAUGA